AUGUGGCUUAUCGACACUUGGACCCUCGAGCUCGUCGAGGUGCAAGGCGACCCUCAACGGCACAGCUAUGCCAUAUUGUCACAUACGUGGGGCAGCGAUGAGAUAAGCUUCCAGAGCUUCAAAACUAUGAGCACGGCCUCAGUUGGGACCACGAGCGAGGAUGGAGUCAGAAGCUUGGCUGAGACCGAGAGCGCGGAUGGGACCAAAGGCGGGUUGAGAAAAAUACGGGACGCGGCCGGCCUGGCCAGAAGCCACGGAUACGGCUAUAUGUGGGCCGACACCUGCUGCAUCGACAAGACAAGCAGUGCCGAGCUCUCGGAAUCCAUCAACUCCAUGUACCGCUGGUAUCAAAAGGCGGCUGUGUGCUAUGCCUAUCUAUCCGACGCAGUAGAUGCGGAAGACCCGUUUUUGGAGAAUUCGAGCUUCCGGCGCAGCCGUUGGUUUACGAGAGGAUGGACCUUGCAGGAGCUCAUCGCGCCCAAGACUGUCGAGUUCUACGCUUGCAACUGGUCUUCCAUAGGCAGAAAACGUUCCGAAAGCGCAUUUUGCGAGCUUAUUGCCAAGAUUACAGGGAUCCAUCUACAGGUCCUCGUGGGCACAACCUCGUUGGCUGACGUUAGCGUUGCCAACAAGAUGCGCUGGGCCGCACGAAGGCAGACGACGAGACCAGAAGAUAUUGCGUACUGCAUGAUAGGUCUGUUCAACGUCAACAUGCCUCUGCUCUAUGGAGAAGGGGGGCGUUCUUUCAUUCGUCUACAGGAGGAAAUUCUCAAGGAGACAGACGACCAGUCCUUAUUCCUUUGGGGGUUCUCCCCGGAUGAAACCACUAAUUCGGACGACCUCUUCGGUCUCCUCGCCAAAUCGCCAAAGUCAUUCUCUCGAGUGGAAUUUGGCCAUGUAAGGCCGCUUCCUCCUUCGGAAUCUCAUGAGAGCUCGCCCGCAAGCAUCACCAAUCAAGGUCUGAGGACGAACAUGCUUUUGAUUCCAGUACAGCCCGAAAGCGAUGAGUACUAUGCUGUACUUGACUGUCUCGUUUUAGAUUCUGCAUCCUAUGGCACGGACUUUAGUCCUCGUAUAAUCCUACGGCGGCUUUGGAGUGAUCAGUUCGCCCGGGUCAACUCAAAAGAAGGCUCGGUCAUUUUGCUUUCUCAUGAGCAGUCUGAUGAAGCCGGGGGGUCCUACGAAAGCAUCUAUGUCAGGCAGAAGCCGUUUUACGCACUUCCAGAGAUCAGAGUCAGGAGCAAAUACCCAACAACGGCGGGGAUGAAGGAUGACGGGCGUGUCCCAUUCUUCAUCAAUGGUGCGCACCCUCCUGAAAGAUGGGAUGCCACUUUAUCAGUAAUACGGACGAAAGAGCCGCAGUCGGGCCACACAGUUGCUGUGUUGCGGUUUGAGUCGAAUGAGCCUGGAUACGCUUCGGUGUUUAACAUGGCGAUCGGGCUUCGUCGGGUGAAGGGACGGUGGGAGGUGUGUCAUGAAAAGCACCCACAUGCUGGAGACAGCCUUGAGUCUGUAUAUUCGAAAACCCCCCACAUUUCCGCUGGAUCCCAAGCGGCUUUAUACCAUGCGUCCAAGGAACUUGGGUACAUCACCGUCGAUACAACAGAGUACCAGCGCAGAGGCCGUCGCUUCGUUCUCCUAGAGGUUUCUUCAAGGUCGGAACUCAACAUCGAUGUCGGCGGGAAUUUGUCCGUGGAAACGAACUUCUCACAGCUGGCGAAGAAUCUCGUCCAACCAUUCGACGAAAUCGCGGCAGCCACGCGGCAGUGUUGUUACGAGGAGACUUUCUCGGACAUCAUCUCCCCGGUUGGAAAGAUCCGAGACGGAGUCAGAACCCGAUUCUCUGGAAACAUUGCGACCCGUUUUGGCACCGAGAUCCACACCGUGAAAAUCGAGCGCAACCGGCCCUACGCCGCGUUGCUAAACGCCAUCCGAGCGAGAGAUGACCGGACCGUUCGAAAUCUGGCAAAGGGAAACAAGAAAAUCCUUGAGAUGGAAACAGAAGAAUUCGACAAGUUCCGUGCCGUUCACUGGGCUGCGACGUUCGGUUCACAGUCCAUGGUGAAAACACUAAUGGGGCUUGGCGUCGACACUUCCAAUCGAACCGCAAGCGGCUUCAUGGCAGUCCACCUCGCAGUUCUCAACGGACACUUUAAUCUCGCUGCCUAUAUUCUGGAAGAAGAAAGGGAAGUGUAUCUGAAUAAAAUACAGAAAGCUUCGAGCUUGGUCGGAUUGCCAUGGGAGCCGGAUCCAACGUGGUCUGAACCCUCAGAGAACGCAGAUAUUUUUCACAAGUUCACCACCACGAACCUGGACACUAUACUGCACCUAUUAUCCGCCUACGUCCCUUGGGGCUGGGCUAGUCAGAGAUUCCGAAGGCUCAUCGAGCACAUCAAAGAUGACUCCUUCGGAUCCCGGUCUUUUCCGCACAUCAACUGUAUAGGCGAGCUUCCUAUCCACCGAGCAGCUGCAACAGGGAGUGUACAGGCACUCGAAGCCCUGGUAAGUCUGACCGACACGAGCCGCCAUAUCAAUGUCCGAGACGAUGCCGGACGGUCGGUCUUGUUUCAUGCUGCGUGCGGGGGUCACGUGGAAGUCAUCUCCAAGCUAGUCAGCCUAGGUGCCAUGCUGGACGUCGGCGACGACUACGGCCGCAGCCCCCUACACGCCGCUGUCAUGGCUGAUAAAGCAAACGCGGUAAAAGCCUUGCUCGAAUUGGGUGCAGCGGCGGAUAACGUUACCCACGCACUCGGGUUGACACCUCUGCACUUCGCUUGUCUGUACGGGUCUACGGGUUGCGUGAUGGUGCUGGUAAAGGAACAUGAUUCAGGGUCAGCAGACGUGAACCGCUGGACAUCAGGCGACUGGGCCUUGUUCCAACCGUUGCACCUCGCAGUCGCGAACGGAUACUUGGAGGUCGUCUCGCAACUUCUUGAGGCAGACUGUGAAACCGAAAGCCGGUGUAAUGGGUAUCUUUGGCUUACGACCGACGAUGCCGGUGGGGGAUAUGUCGGAAGAUUGGUCAAGUUGGAGGAGCCGAAGACUCCCAUGGAACUCGCGCUUUUUCUGAAUCGCACAGAGGUAGGUGCAGAGUUACGCCGAUUCCAGAAGGAGAAACGAGGAUGGGUGUGA